AUGGUCACUGACCUUGGCCUUCAUCUCUACCGAGGAAACCUAGAAGGUCUUGAUGGCAUGGAGCCCGAUGACCUGGAAGUCAGGAAGCGUCUUUACAUGUCGGCAUUUAUGUGGGAUAAGUGUGUCAAGUCUACCCGCAGAGAUGAAAACAUGCUGAUCAUUCCUCAAAGAUCUAUAAGCCUCUGUCUAGGGCGUCCACCCUCUUUGACCGAGCUGCCAUACUCGCCAGAUGGCCUUUGUAACCUCCACCGCGAAAAUAUUGGCCUGCGGUUUGGUAUCUUCCUCGCUGGGUCCGCUUUGGCCAAUGCGUACAGUGGAGCCUUGGCCUAUGGGCUUGGGCAUGUCCAUUCCAGUAUCUCGAACUGGCGGUUUUUGUUCAUUAUCGAGGGCGUGCCCACAGUGCUCCUGGCGGCUGUGACUUGGUUUUGGCUGCCGGACUCUCCGUCCAUGGCUCGAUUCCUGUCGUCUCGCGAGCGCGAGAUUGCACAAGAAUAUGCGAAUAAUCAACCGGGCGACUACAAGCACGAGGGACUCCAGCUUGACCAGCUGGGAGAGGCAUCCAAGGACUACCAGAGUAAGUAG